AUGCUUACAAUCUUGCAACAUCUAGAUCUGAGUGGAAAUUCUCUUCUUGGAGAAAUCCCUUCUGAAGUAGGGAAGCUUACAGCCUUACGAUAUCUAGAUCUAAGUUAUAAUGUGGCUAUUCAUGGAGAGAUCCCUUAUCACUUUAAGAAUCUCUCACAACUGCAAUAUCUUUGUCUUAGAGGACUUAAUCUUUCCGGACCAAUACCUUUGCGGGUUGGGAAUCUUCCUAUCUUGCAUACUCUUAGACUUGAAGGCAAUUUUGAUCUUAAAAUUAACGAUGCAAAGUGGCUAUCUUCUCUCUCUUUUUUAACAACUCUUGACCUGACAUCAUUGCAUAAUCUUGGCUCCUCUCGUUACUGGCAACAAAUGAUCGGUGAGCUUAUAACAAACUUGAGAGAGUUGAGUCUAGUUGAUUGUAAUCUCACUGAUGAAAGUGUUGUGCUAUCUGCUUCCAUUCAAAAUUCUUCAUCUCCUCUUGUGACCCUUAACCUUAAUGAUAACUCGUUAGAAGGUCCAAUACCUAAUCUUUCAAAUUUUACAUCUUUGAGGACAUUACAUCUUUCCAAUAAUGGGUUGCUACAUGAGUUGGAGUCUCUUCACCUACAGGAUAAUUACUUGGAGGGUGAUAUCAAUGAAUGGCAUCUCAACAAUUUGUCCAAAUUGGAGGAGUUAGACUUAACAGACAACUCGUUGUCUCUAAAGUUUGGUACUACAUGGGUUCCACCUUUCCAAUUAUAUAAUUUGGGACUAGCUUCUUGCAAGUUGGGUCCUAGUUUCCCAAGUUGGCUCCAAACUCAAAGUCACUUGGGCUUUCUAGAUAUCUCUGAUUCUGGGAUUGAUGACUUUGUGCCAGACUGGUUUUGGAACAAGUUACAGUCUAUAAGUUUGAUGAAUAUGUCUUACAACAGUCUCAAAGGUACAAUUCCGAAUUUCCCGAUCAAGCUUACUGAUGACUAUAAACUUAUAAUUCAAAAGUAA